CGCGCCUGUCCGCAGCCGUGACGACCUCUGCAGGUCGCUGCGCGACCCUCGAGGGAGUAGGGGGUAGGGGACGGCGACGGCGACGGCGAGGGAGGAACCGUGAAGGAAGAAGGAAGGAACCGUGAAGGGAGAAGGAAGGAACCGCUCUGCGCCAAGACCACACCACUCUACUCUCUCCUGCGCCAGACCACCUCCUUUCGUAUAUAACAAUACGUCGCGAGUGGGUGCUUAACCUUCGCUGAAUAGCAUCAAUCACUCUGCCAAAUUUCGACAGAUAUGGCUUCUUCCAAAACCAUACCAUCAUUUUACAGGAUCUUCUUCCUCUACGUCGAUCCACUCAUUGCUGGCUCGGGAGUCUGCAUGAACAUCUUUACACCUCAAGUCAGCGUGGAUGCCUUUGUGCCGGCUUCCAUUUCGCCUUACAAUACCUUACAGUCUACUCCUCUUUGUCAUCAGAUUGCAGGCGGGCUUCUCACCUGUGCUGUUCUGGAUUUUACCCUGCUACGACGAACCAACGAAGUAUGGAUCUGGCAGGCUCAGCAGUACGCACAACUCGCCUACGACGUCGUGAUAUUAUGGAGUAUUUGGACAUCUCUUGCCCAGCAGGACCGGCUCCAUCUGGCUGGGCUGAGAAUUGAGGAUUGGGGAACGAUCGUCAUUGUGUUCGUGUGCGGUCUGCUAAGAGCACUGUUUUGCGCAAACGUUGGACUGAGAUCGGCUGCGAGAGCAAAGAAGCGGAGCUGAGAAGUUUGACGCUUAGGCGUCUCGAGUGCCUUUACGCAUGUGCGAGCGAGAUCCUCUCAACUGGUACAGGCUGCUGAAAACGCAGGCAUGACAACAAUCGUACAGAAUCUCCUGGUACGUGGAGUAAGAGUGUCAAAUCGGCUAGCAGGAGAUGUAAGAAGAUUUUCUCAGAUGUACAUUGCGUUGAAAUUGACAGCUGAAGAGCGCCUUAUUCUCCUUG